AUGCCCUUCUCACCGCCCUCGUCUUUGGCCGCAUCGCAGCAUUUGGACCGUCCGUUCUUGUUCCAGCCGCCUAAGUCUCCUGCAUCGGUUACUACCACCCCCUCAUCUGCGACCGCGACGGAUUAUUUCUCCGCGGGCAGCGCUUCUAAAAAGAGACAACGACCCGGGUCUGCCAACAACCACGAUUUUCCUCACGCGAUCAACACGCCACACUGGGCCCAAUGCCCUACCCCGAGCGACAAGCUGUUUGAAAGUGGAUUUGGUCAAGACUCGGGGCUUGUCAACGAAAAAUACUUGCUAGCUGGCGGCUUCGACACUCCUUCGCUGCAGACAAACGCCAGAUUGGAGCAACUCACUGUUCCAGAAUAUGAAUUUAGACGGCGGCUCAGAGACGACGAUAUGGGUGGCAAUAUACCUUACCAUAGCUCGGUGUUUUCUGGACCUCUGGCACGUGAGCGAAACGGUGUCGCUCGAAUGCCAUCGACUCCGGAUGAGGUCUCGCGAGCGACUUGGACGGGCCUCGCAGUACGAUUAGUUGGCAAGGUGUUCAACUUUGGAAGCAAUGUUAUACGAGGAUUCUAUGCUGGCGAUGGCCAAGGCUACGACAUGAAGGACUGCGCCUUGGUGGGAUCCGACUUGUUGCAGGAAGGCAUCAACAGACGUUCCACUCCAAUCCCCGGCGCAUGGCAGGACAACGAGUUCUUGGGAGACUUCGAGCAGGACAGUCCAGAGUUCACCGACCGCUCGCCAACCGCCCGGCCGCCGAACAAGCGUCGUCAGACAGAUCGGGACACCUGGGUUCUUGUUGGAACGCCCGACCACGAGCCAACGACAUCGAGUCCUAAGCGGAAGAUAUCAAGUAAUAGCGUACCGCGGAGCAACCUCGCCCAGCGACCAUCUGCGUCUCGAGCAUCCAGCAGGCGCAGCAUCGCCCCAGUCCCUCGGCGCGCCAAUUCCAAUAUUGCCUCGAACGGCAGCCCUGCUCCGCUUUCAACUGCUCCCACACCCACCCAGCAACCGUCGCACGGAAGGAGAGCUUCAUUCGCUUCAACGCGCUCGCCCCAAGGGCGCCCCAGCAUAAAUGGGCUAGGAAUGGCUCAUAUGAGCCCAGAAGCCGAACGCUACGCCAAGCGUCAAGCCAAAUCAGACCGAGCAGCCGAGAAAGCCAUCAGCAACAUGGGCCGCAGAAUGGAAGAUCUGAUUCGCCAAGCGCAGGAGGCGCUCGGCACCAAGGUUUCUGUGGAGGGCGAUAUGGAGAUGGAAGACGAAGGAUUUCUAGACGAUGUCUGGUGA